GUUAUUUCAAAAAGAAAUUGUCUAUUCUCAAUUAGCUUUAUUCCCAUUCGGUCGCUAUUGCAAGUUGUUUGGCUUGUGUCGUGUCGAGACGUCGUCGUCCUACGGAGGUGUAUUACUUCGUGGUCGUCGAGAUGAAUAUUCUACCCAAAAAGAGUUGGCAUGUUCGCACUAAAAGGAAUAUCGAACGUGUUCGAAAAGAUGAAGAGAAAGCAGCAGAGGAGGAAAAGGAGAGACUGAGAAGAAUAGCUCUUGCUGAACAAGAGGCAAGAACAGAUUUACUCAGAGUUCGUGCCAGAAAAAGGCACCAUGACCAGGUUGAGGAAGGCCCUUCAUCCUCAGUACAAGCAGUCGAAAAUGGAUCAGGAAAUUCAUUGCAGUUGGCCCAAAGAUCAAAAGAUAUCGACUUAGACCAACGAGGACACAUAAACUUUUUCAAGGACAUUGAGGAAGGGCUAAGGCGUGAAGGAAAAAACAAAGAACAUGAGCAAGAGAGAGCUGAAGAGAAAGAGAAAUGGGAAAAAAACAUUGGACUUCUGACAUACUUGGGACAGAGUGCUAUUGAGUCACAAAAUGACAAGCCCUGGUAUUUGAAAAAAUCCAGAUCUGAGCAAGAGAAAAGGAAAGAGGAAACAGAAAAUGAGAAACAUGACCGACAAGUAAAGCGUCAAGAGGCUAUGGACCCACUUUAUGAGAUGAGGCAACACUUAGAGUAUACACAUAGACAUAAGGGCAAACAGAAGGAGAAACAUCGUCAGAAAAACAAAGUGCAUGGUAGCACAUCUUCAGAAGCAGCAACUGCCUCAUCAGGAAAGCCUGCUGGUGGCACAGGCAGGACGGUUGAACAGUUACGUGCUGAACGAAUGAAGCGAGAAAGGGAAGAGCAACAGAAGGCUGCGGAUUUAAUGGCACGAACACGGGGAGAGGUGAAGGCAGGACCGGAGAAUGAGUCUCUGUCAGACGCAGACAGAGAUAGGGCUCGGCGUUAUAAUUCACAGUUCAACCCACAAUUUGUAAAACCCAUUUCAAGGCCUCGAAGAUGACUCUUAUGUGCAAUGAGGCAACUUUGCUUGAAAAUGUGUUUAUGCUGAAUGUAAUCGAAAUAGCUUUGUUUUGAUCUGCAUGUUUUUGAGGGAAUCUGAAUGCAAAAAACACUCAUAAAAUUGUAAUUCUAAUUCUUCACCCAUUUUUUCACCUUCCUGUUUUGGUUGGUUGUGUUGUUGAAUUUACCCAAGAGUGAAGGCAAAUGUUAAGUCUGCAAUGUAAGCUCAAGGUGAAACAAAUGAAAUUUUCUCAGAUUUGUAUGUUUAGAUUGUUUAUUUUGCCCUCAAGUAUAAUUAAUCUCAGUUGCCCACUCAAAACAUUCCUCCCUUUUGUUCAGACAGAACACUUUAGUGUAGAAAUUGAUAUUGUAAACCAUUCUUCUGUGUGGUGAUUGUUUCAAAAAGUCGGCUUGCUGUGCCCAGACACUUCAAUCACAACUAUCUCCCCCAGCUGUUUUUUUUUUUUUUUAUGGAGAAUUGGAUAAAAAUAAGGUGCCUCAGUAUAUAACAACCUAUUAUACAAUAGUUGUGCUCCUACUUUUCUCAAGGCCUGUAUGAGGUUUAUUUAUGGCGGCUUGUUGAUGUCCCGAUCACUUGUGUUGGGUGGCAAUUUUCCCUGUGUUGGCAUUUACGCAGCCAAGUUACGAUUGUGUACUCCAGCAACGUCUGCCGAGUGUUAAGACGCCUAUAAAUGUGUACCCAUUCUACUUAUUUGAUAUCUGGACCUCAGCGGGCGGAAAGUACUCUCAUCUGCCCUAAGACACUAAUUGCAGGCUAUGAGGGCCAAAGUAUCCUGGGACACUAAUUGCAGUAUGUGAGGAACGGACCAAUGCAGCCUUCGGUUCCUUGACAAAAUGAUUCUGUUGCCAGUCACAAAUGGAGGAGAGUGAACUUUCAUCAGAAAAUAAAUUUAGAAAUAACUUUUAGCGAAAACAGCUAGUUGAAGAGAAAGGUAAAAUAAUUUUCUGCACCUGUGAAUCAAGAGGAAGUCGAUAAUGAGCAGUUUUAUUUCAACUUCCAGUUUUCUUGUCUUACAUUAAAUGUGUGCACAGCGGCUGUGAAUGAGGACGAACCUGAGAAGUCGCCACAUUUGUUAGCUGACAUUGCGAGACAGACUCACACUACUGUGCGCCUUCAUUAUUGCCCCACCAGGAAAGUGUUACUACUAGCCAGCGUGACCCUUGACAUUCGUUGCUAGGACAUUCCCUACGACUUCUGGGCAUGUUGUAGAUAUGUUAUUUGGCUUGGAUUGAGAUAAGAAAACAGCGGGGAAAUGGGAUAAAUUACCAGCAAUGCCUGACCACCGUAGCCAUGGUGAAGAUUUCUACUCAUGUUCUAUGAAAAACUUGCGAGUGUUUGUACAUAUCAAUGAUGUGUGUGCAGACAGUGAUCCGCGGAUAAUGCAGUCUCGUGGAGCCCACUCUGUAUAAGUGCCUGCACAGACUGCCUUGGAUAGAGGCGGAUAUUUCAGUGUUCAUGGCUGUUAACCAUUCAGAUCAUCCUACAGUAUAAGUGAACCUCCAGUCUCUUGAACUGUUUGGAGGUAGGCUUUGGGGUGCCUUAGUAACCUAAUGGUAAAACACUUAUCAGCACAGUAAGAUAUAGGGUUUGGGGUUCAAAUCUCGUCUCGCGGCAUGCACAUUUCUCUCCAGAUAUGACCUGACUGGACGUUGGUGGUUUUGUUUCAGUACUUGGGUGUCCUCUUCAUUCUUCGUUAGAAGCAAUUCCAUCGAGAGGGAAGCACUUUACAAUCAAAUAAAUCAGCCGAUCAGUGA